ACUGUGAAAGUAGAGAAGGCUAUUUAUUAGUUUGGCGCGUCCCUUUUCAAAAAACGUCUCUCCGUACAGAUGGAACCCUAGCUUUCCAAAAUUUCCACUCUCGCGAUCGAUUUGGAAAAGAGAGAGCUUCAAAAUGAUCCUCAGGACGCCACCAGCUAAGAAGAGAAUGGCGGAGUCGCUGCCGUUGGACGAGCGCAGCAACGCACGGAGCUCAGGCUCCGACAAGCAGCUAGUGGUUUUCGAGGAUUUGCCGGUGGCGGAAUGUUCUCACGAUCAUUCAGGACCGAUUGCCUCUGACCAGAUGCUGUGUACAUAUCAAUGCCGUCAGAUGGUAAAAUCAGAGUUUUUCGAUGCCCUAAGCAGUGCAGAAAAGCAAGCACAAGAAUAUCAAUCCAAAUUUGAAGCAAUCAGCGAGGACUUCUCAAAAUCUGAAGUUGAGAAAAAGAAAUUUCGAGAUAAAUUUUUCAAUGUGGAGCAAGAGCUGGCUGCUGCUAAAGGACGUGAACACAUGUUACAAGAACAACUUAAGAAGGAGGUUGACUUCUCUCAAGAACAUCUUAGGAAGCAAAUACAAUCCUAUAGUGAACUUGAGGUAAAGCUCCGAAAUGAGAUGGAUCUUCGGAAAAAAGCUGAGUCAUCAGUUGCUGAGGCUGAAGAAAAAGCAAACCUUUUAGAGGAAAAGCUAAGAAAAAUAUCAGAAAGUGUAGAUAAGGAAAAAAAUCAUCUUCAAAGUGAAUUUGCUCAACUGAAAAGUGAAUCAAAGCUGUCAGUUUCUCGAAUAAGUGCUGAACUUGAGAGAAUGGAAUGCAGAGCCAAAAAUGCAGAGAAAGAGUCAGCACUACUGAAUGCGCAGCUGGAAGAAAUGAAAAAACGAUUGGAUGCGUGCAUACAGGAGAAAUUUGAGGCAGAGAGAAAGUUACCAAUCAACUCUCUUGAAACUCCUAAGGACACUGAUGUGUUGCUGAAGCAUCUACAAGAAGAACUGAGGAACUAUGAAGCCGAAGUUUGUGAAGCAAGAAAAAUAAAAGCUUCUCAUGAAGAUGUCAAGCUGUUGAAAGAAAAACUACAUGAAGAAAAGAGCUGCAGGGAGAGGGCUGAGUUGGAUCUAUUGAAACUAUAUGAUCUACAGUCACAUAUGAAAAGGUUGGAGAAUGAGUUGUCUACAUGGAAAUCAUUGACUAAGGAAAUUCCUGGUGUUGCAACUGCUGAUGAUGUACCUUCCAAAUUUGCGGCUUUGCAAAAAGACGUAGUUGAUAACAUGUUGAGAGUGGGUGAGGCCCAGGCACAGAUGAAAGAAAUUCAAGUGGCUCUUGAUGCUGCAAUGCUUGAUAAACAAAAUGCAGAAUCUGAGGCUGUAAUGGCAAAAGAAAAGGCAGAGUCUUGUAAAAUUGAAAUUAAAAGGCUGGAAUCUAUGCUCAGCAUGACUACAGAGGAAAGAGACCACUUAAAAAAUCUAGUCAGGGAGUUGAAAGAUCACCCACAUCAUGAAGUUGGAACUGAAUUAGCUAGUGACACUAUUGCUCAGGAGCUUGAAGCAUUUACUGCCAAAAAGGAAAACUAUAUCAGGGAACUAGAGAACAGUCUAAAAGAAGCUAGAGAAACUAAUAGCCGUCAGCAAAGUGAGAUAAAGUUGCUAAAUGAAAGGUUAACGAAUGAAGCAAGAAGAAUAAAAAUGUUGGAACGAGAGGACGAUCGCCUCCGUGCUGACAUUGCAUUGUUGGAGUCUAAGCUGGGGCAUGGAGAUUUUUCUUCUGCUAAUACUAAGGUUUUGCGAAUGGUUAACACCCUGGCUGUUGACAGUGAGGCAAAACAAACAAUAGAAGCUCUGCAAGAUGAGCUGCAGAAAACAAAGGAAAAGUUGCAAGCGGUGGAGGAGCUCAAGAAGCAGUCAUCUGAUGCUGGCACAAAUGUUGACUCCUACAUUGCUGGAAAGAUUAAGCAGCUGAAAGAGCAAAUUGCUACACUUGAAAAGCGAGAGGAGAGAUACAAGACAGUUUUCGCAGAAAGAAUCACUGUUUUCCGGAGGGCAUGCUGUGAACUUUUUGGUUAUAAGAUAGUGAUGGACGACCACCACCGGGCUGAUGGAAUACCAGUCACAAGAUUCACUCUCCAUUCUAUUUAUGCACUCAGUGAUGACGAGAAGCUUCAGUUUGAAUAUGAAUCUGGGAACACAAACAUUGUGGUGAAUGAAUAUGCUUCUCACCCUGAGAUUUCAAGACAGGUUGAUAUAUUUAUCCGCAAGAUGAAUUCAAUUCCUGCCUUCACAGCAAAUCUUACAGUUGAAUCUUUCAAUAGACGCACCCUUUCAUAAAGUCUGCUCUUUUUGCUCCUCAUCUACGGCAGUUUGUUUCUUCUUCUGUAAUUCUAAACUCACUUCAGUUUGUUACUAUUAUAUAUAGACUUUUGUGGCCAGGUCCACUCAUAGUCUAUAUAUCCUGCUGUUUUUGCGACAAUUGACAAUCCUGUAGUAUGGUUUGUUUUCAGCCGAAAUGGUUUUGUCCAUCGCCCUUGUAAAUAUGUUUUUGUGUGUAACUAUACUGUAUAAGCUAGUAAUGCAAAUGUAGCUGUGCAUCAUUACUGGGGGGUAGUGGGUACAUCACUGCUGAGGAGGGCACCCCAACCCCAACCAGCAUUGGGGAACGCAAGAGAACAUUGAAGGAUGUCGUGAUGUGCUAUAUUCCUGGUGCACGGUUAAGAGAUCUUGGUUGGCACUAAUGGCUUUCUCCAGGUUGGUAAAGGUGGCGACUAUUGUAUGGUUUUAUUAUUCUAUCCGAAUGUGAUGGUUUUGCACAGAGAGAAAAUGAUUGUGCUCAA